GCAUCAUUGAACGCAGCCAAAGUCAUCUAUUCGGCGGGAAACAGUAGAACAACGGACUAGAACAUGCUAGAACGUAGUAAAACGUAGCGAGGAGAGGCAAGCGUUAUUGUGCGUGAUCGUCAAGAUUUGGAACUUUUUUGCGAAAGCUCUCUGUUUCGAUAAGAAAUUGAUAGACUCUUACGGCCGUGCUGAUAAUAAUAAACCGCAAUCAUGUACAAUUUAACGGAAGGAGCAUUGGAGAAAAUCAUGCGAGACAUAGAUGUCCCUAACCCAGUUCUUCAAGUAUUGAGUUACAAGAAACUGCCAAGAAAUGCAAAUAAAGAUGGUUCUGGUAAUGAUCGAUUCAGAUUGCUGAUAUCUGAUGGACAGAAGUUAAACUCAUUUACAAUGUUGUCCGCUCAAUUGAACGAUCUGAUCACAAAGAAUAUUUUGAAUGAUUAUGCGAUCUGCGAAAUAACUAAGUAUUUCAUGAGCUCAGUGUACAACAACGGCGAAUACAAACGCGUUAUGUUGAUAUUGGAUAUGGAAGUAUUGGUUUCUGGCGAUCAAGUCGGAAACAAAAUAGGUAAUCCGACUAAUAUAGAAAUGAAGCCAUAGCUUGAAUCUACGUCUACGUCUACAUCUAAGGCCACAACUGCACAUUACCAAAAUGGUUCAACCAGAAAUGGUACUUCAAAUAAUCAAGCCUCUUCUGACAUAUACACUAUGCCAAUCGCAGCAUUAAGCCCUUACCAAAACAAGUGAGAGAGAGAGAGUUCUAUGUAAACUAUGGAUCUGUUUUUUAUUCUUGCAUUCAACUCUACAUUAAAACUUUCUUUCCUUAGCCAAACAUUAAAUAUAACUUAUUUGAAAUUUUAUGCUAAUUCAAGUAUAGAAAACAGACGUAUUUC